AUGCAAGACACGGCUGCACCCACGCCAGGCCAUCGCCGCAACAAAUCUGCUGCCGUCUUCAAGUCUAUUAUUUCCUCAAAGGGCCACAAGCGCGCACCCUCAGAUGGUGUUGCGCUGACCAGGAAGCAGCCGCUGGCAGACGCCCCGUAUCUGCCUGCCUCCCACUUCCAGACACCAUUGCUGCCGCCAGACCACCCGGACAGCCAAUUGCGCUCCACGGCCCGCUCUGAGAACAUUCCCAUCGGCCUCGCAUCGCCACGCAAGUCGCCGGACAGCCAGUCGGCGAGUCCAAAAAAGAGCCUCCACAAGAAGACACUCAGCUCCGUCUCUCUGCGGUCACUGGCGAAGAAGCAGGACAAGCCCAAGGACAAGGAGAAAGAGUCGUCCGACGCGAGACGAGCGCGCAAAGAAGAAGAAGCGGCCAACAAGCCGAAGAAAACAAAGUCAUCGACCAAUCUCGCGACCAUGUUCGGCAAAGGCAAGUCCAAGGACAGGGGGCAGUCGCCAGUGAAGCAGGCCAAGGACAAGGAGAAUACCACCCCGCCAACCUCGACGACGACCUACCAUCCGCCUCAGACACCCAUCUGGGCCGAGUUCAGCUCGCGCAACGACGUCACCACUACCAGCAAGGUGCCCCUCAAUGACCAGCGGCGAAGCCUAGAAGACGAGAUUGCCCUAUACACACCUCGGGAAUACUCGCCCGCCAAGCAACGUGACUUUUCCGAGUACGGUGGCCAGCCAUCGCUGCAGAAGCGGCCAGCGGCCAAAGAGCGACCGAAGUCGAUGGGCGCGCCUAAGACGACUUCCACGGCCUCGCUGCUCGAAACCUUCUCGCGAAAGAAGACUAGCGAUCGUGUGCCACUAUCGGACACCAAGGGCAACGAGGGUCGCCAGAGAGACAGCUCUCCGACCAAAAUCACCUCUUCGAGGCCAAUGUUUGGACGGUCUGCUUCCGAUACCAGUAGCAAGGACCCUCAUCUAACGCCAGUGCCGCCUCCUGCAACUACGUCUAAGAAGCAAAGCAGAGUCAUGGCCGCUGUCGCUGCGUUCAAUGGUAAGGCGAAGCAGGCAGAGGCAGUACCAGUCUCUCCCACAAAACUUGACCCAAAGGUGGUGGACGCUGAAUUUGAGGCUGUUCUGGAAUCACGAAACAUCCCAACCCACCAACGUGGGCAGAUGCGUACACUGAAGCUCGAGGUCAAGGCCGACUUUGUUCGCAUGCACAAGCUGGACACACCACAGACCUCACGGGCAACAUCGUCACACUCAUCCAUCAAUGAGGCCACGAAUCCAGCACCUGCACGCUCCUCCAAAUCGCGAAAUGGGUCGGUGGAAGAGGAGAGUGUUUCCAAUCAGACAGACAAGUCCGCCAACUCAACCAAGCGUGAGCGCCCACGAAGCAGAACGUUCAACUUUAGCCGAAGCGAUUCCCCAACAAAGAAGCAGAAGGGUGAAGGAGGAGACCGCAAGACAUCAUCAAAGCCUCAGUCAAUUCCCAGGUGUCCUUCUUCACGGUCGCUGGCAUCCAAUGCCUCCGACCGCUCGGUCUCGAAUGGAGCCAAGGCCGUCAAGGCUGACGAAUUCAUCUCGUAUCUGAAGAAGACACCGAAGCCACAGGAGGUUGAGAUUGGCAAGUUACACAAGCUACGACUACUACUGCGUAAUGAAACUGUUGAUUGGGUAGACAACUUUAUUCAAGAAGGCGGUAUGACAGAGCUUGUGGGCCUCCUCCACCGCAUCAUGGAGAUUGAAUGGCGCGAGGACCACGAAGAUACCCUUCUUCAUGAGCUCUUGCGAUGCCUCAAGGGUUUGUGUACCACUGCUACAGCCCUCAAGCAACUCAAGGAGAUCUCAUCGACUCUCUACCCGGCUCUACUGGCCAUGCUGUUCGAUGAAGAGCACAAAGGUCCCAGCGAGUUCACCACUCGCGAGCUCAUCAUCGAAAUCAUCUUUGCUCACAUCUCCAUGGCUCCAGAAGACGAACUCGAGUCUCGUGCCUCUGAGCUUGCCAGGUACCUCAAAGACCCGGUCAAGGAAAAGGAAACCUCUACCGUUCCCUUCAUCCUACAGAUGCACACUUCGCGACCCUACCAAGUAUGGUGCAAAGAACUGUCCAACGUUACCAAAGAAGUAUUUUGGAUUUUUAUCCACAACCUCAAUGUCAUCCCCCUUCCUCGUCCAUCUUCCUCUUCCUCUUCUGAACCCCCGAAGUCGUACGCAAAGACACACUUCCCUGGCCAGCGCGCCAUUGUCCCCGCGGCUCCCUACGUCGGCGGUGUAGAGUGGGAUGCCACAAACUAUCUCGCAACGCACAUCGACCUCCUCAACGGCAUCAUCGCGUCCCUUCCUACAGCUUCUGCACGCAAUCAGCUGCGCCACGAGCUCCAGAUCUCCGGAUUUGAAAAGGUCAUGGGCGUCAUCCGCGCCUGCAACCCCAAGUACUACGGCGCCGUGCACGACAGUGUCAAAGUCUGGGUUGGGGCUGCGUUGGCUGAUGACUGGGAUGUCAGGACUGUGCGUAUGGGCGCGGGUGACGGCAAGGGCGGCUUAUCUCCUGUCAAGCAGAGUCCGACGAAGAAGGUGGAACCGCCGCCACAGCUGCAGGCCCCCAAAAUGGAUUUGGCGCUUGGAUUGGGAUUCGAGAAGGAUAUUGCUAUCGGGAAUGUCGGGGUGAAGGAUGACGAUUGGUUUUGA